AUGCCUAUCUUCCAGGCCGAUUUAUAUAGUCACGAACCUGAAUCCGAACCGGAAUUUAUUGAACCGACACCAAUUAAUGCACCUUCCUCUGGGCUGAGACGUCUCUCAGAGGAAAGCAUCCGUACUGAGCUGUGUGAAGGACCUAUCCCGGACAGUCCACCACGAUCCAAAACCCCCGAAAGAGUCGAAGGCGUCGAGGAUGCGAUAUCGGAUCGAGCUUCUUUGAUCGAGAGACUCAAGAGAGCGCAAUCUCCCCCGAUAUGGAUUCCAAACCGCCACUUUGAGUCUGUAGUACAACAUCAUCCAAAUUUGGAUAUCGAGACAAAGGUCCCCCAAACGCCUAUCGAAGCUUCAACCUUGCUUGCGCCUGCUCAGAUAACACCCGAGAAAACCGAUUCGCAUUCCGAUUUCGAUAACAGAUUGCGCGAUGGCCUCAGUAUUGAACGACCGAGAUCAGCACUCCACAGUGGUAACUUCACUGAAGAAGAAGCAGUAGCCAAGGACCGUACCACACCAGCCGGUAGGCCGCAUAAUGGUCGAUAUCCUGCUCCGGCAGAAACUCCAUGGAUUGCGACUUCACCCCCUAGACAUUACACGCCAUUCCAGCACGACAAAGGAGUGCCAUUUUCAGCAAGUGCCGAGAGUUUUCAAUCGACCAACUCACCUCUGUCUUCAUCUUUGUCGUCGAGUUUUGUAUAUAAACCGCCUACUAGCCCUCUAGUACAAGCUCAGAGCUCUGAGGAGCACGAUAUGUUGCCAACGGACCCAUUCAGUUUUACCGGAUAUAUUGGAACGAGUCGCUAUAGGGCACAUUCAACAGCUUCAUCACCCUGGAUGUCUCCCUCUCCGAGAUACUCAUUACCACAACGUGUGUCUUCGUAUCGAAGAGAGGCGUUUCCAUACCAGGCGCACCAACCCCGAAGAUCAUUAACUUCAACUCCAAGUUUCAUGCAACCUGGUGCUUCACCACCGACACCAGCAUUUCUUCGGCCGCGCAGGUCUUCCGUAGCGGCAGAGGCUUCACCACUUCAGCAUGCAUCUAUGGUUGGCUCCUACGAAGAAAGUAUUCUUCGAGGUCGCAUGUCGACAACCCCUUCCAAACCACUGGACUUUGUCGCACAGAUCGGCGUCCUAGGAAAGGGCAAAUGCAAGUCCAGUCUGAAGUGCCCACCUCAUGUCAGUCUCUCAUUCCCAGCUGUGUACUAUAGCUACAGCAGCACGUCACAUGGGCGGUCCAACACAGAUGAUGGGCCGAGCCCGUAUGUCGGUCAAAUCGACCUUGAAAAUGGACUGCCCAAUCCAGACGACGAACAUCGAGCAAAGAAGAAGGCACAGAGUCGACAUGCAGAAAGGAAACCAGCCGAGGAUUUGAUGGACGUUGGCCUUGAGAACCAGAGUUCUGAGCAUAUCACACGUCGAAAUUCUCGGGCCAUUCGCCGGUCCGGCUCUGUGGCAGCAAAAGCCCCUCCAGGCGGAAGUUAUCGAAUUCCGGAAAAGGGGCAAAUUCAGAUCAUCGUCAAGAACCCAAAUAAGACUGCUGUCAAACUCUUCCUUGUCCCAUAUGAUCUUACAGGCAUGGAACCAGGAACGAAGACAUUUGUGCGUCAGCGCAGCUAUUCAGCUGGGCCCAUCAUCGACAAUGCCCCUGCCACAGCUGGGGCGAACACUGAUGACCGCCCUAUCCUGAGGUACCUCGCUCAUCUGCACAUCUGUUGCCCUGCUAAGGGUCGGUACUAUCUAUACAAGAGCAUCCGGAUCGUCUUUGCGAAUCGUGUCCCUGAUGGGAAGGAGAAGCUCAGGAACGAAACAACAUGGCCAGAGCCUCGCUAUACUCCUUAUAAACCAAUUCGGGUCAUGCAUCCACCUUUACCUGCGCAGUCUGGCCCUGCUGCUAUGCUGGCUACGGAGAAGGCUCUUCGCAGGCGGAGUGUUGGCUUCUUUUCGGGCCCUUCCCGGACUUUCGAUGGUAUGGAAAACAUGUUCCCUGCCAACGAUUCUCCAUCUGGAGGCUCUGCUGGCGGCAACACCUUACCAGUCGAUCCUAUUCCCUUCUAUCUUCCGGCCCACGCUCGAACGGACAGCGAUAUCAGCGACAGCACAAGCACUACGGCUGUCCUUGGUAACGAUGUCCGGUCUCCUCGGUCGACUCAAGUCAGUCGCCCUUCGACCAAAGAUUCGAAUACCGGUCAAUCACCAGAACCCGCACUUUAUGAGAAGCUCAACAAAGGAGAACCGGGAUACGGCGGUAAUGCCUUUGCUCUCAAUAGAUCGGGUUCACUCGGUGGUGCUGAGGGCUUGCUCUCACAGCGCCUGCGUUCACUUGGGGUUAAGCAACCCUCUCCCCCGGAAACACCUCGUGGGGAUGAUAUGUCUCCCUAG